AGUUAAAAUAGAACGCGUUUUCUGUUCUUCCAUGAGCUCUUGCAUUGUUGGAAACUCGGAACUUUAAAAGGAAGUUCAGCCCCUAUAGCAAUUCUUCUCGCCGAAAGUUCCUCGACGUUUGUGCUUUUUCUCGUCACAAUCUGCUCAGCUGUUCUGCGGUGGGAUCCAUUUGGCGCCCAACUGCCGAACAUUUUUGUUUCUUGGUAGCCUGUGAAGAUGGGGUUUUCAGCAGUCGCUAUUUCGAGUUCACUAUGGGGCGGUUAUACUAAUGGAAGCCGUCCUCGGCAAAGAGGAUCAAUAAAGAUUUUACCUUUCGACAGUAAUCACAUGCUCAAAUUGAACAAUCUCACAAUUGCUGAGGUUUUCAGUAAGCCCCAAUCGACGAGGUCCUCUUUCUGCGCGUCCGAGGUCAUUGAUUUUGAGGAGAGGACAAGCCCUGCUGAGGUCAAGAAAGAAAUCGAGCAGUGCUAUGAACUCAUUCAAAGACUUGGCAGAGGUGCUGUCUACUUGGGUUCGUCAAGGUUGGGACCUGACCAUCCACAUUAUAUACAAGCAUUCAAUUUGGCAAAAGAUAUUGCGAAUCUCUUAAAUUGUACUUCAUGGUCAGGAGCGGGACCCGGGCUAAUGGAUGCAGUUACUAAAGGCGCUCUCCAAUCAGGAAAGCCCGUUGGUGGAUUCAAGAUAGCUAAGGAAGCUGGAGAAUGGACUGCAACUAAUUUUCAUCCGUACUUACCAUCAGACAGUUAUUUAACUUGCAGGUUUUUUUCUGCAAGAAAGCAUGGUUUGGUUGAUGCAGCUGUUAGAGUUAGUCAGUCAGAGAAGACAGCAGUUAUUGCUCUUCCUGGUGGAAUUGGCACUUUAGACGAAGCUUUUGAAAUUUUGGCGCUCGUUCAACUGGAAAGAAUUGGGUCGACUUUUCCCGUUCCUUUCCUUGUGAUGAAUUACGACUCGUUUUACUCGAACCUAAUGGAGUUUAUCGAGGAUUGUGAGGGUUGGGGUACUGUUUCGAGCGGUGAGGUGGCAUCGUUGUGGAAAGUUUGCAACACCAACUAUGAAGCUUUGGCUUACCUGGCAGAAUACUAUGGGACCUCCUACUAACAAAAGGUGCCCACAACCCAUUCUUUUGGUCGAGGCUUUAGUGUGAUGCUCGUUUAUGCCAUCUUUUAUACUUACAAUUGUAGGCAGCAUUGAUGAAGAAUUUAAACUUAAUGUCAAAAGUAAAACUGCUUUGGUGGUGUAUCCCAGUAGUUUAGACGUUGAAAAAUGUUGUGUUUUAAUUAUUUGAUAGGCAGGGAUUGUUGAAAAAUCAAGAAAUGAUGCAUUUUUCUUAGAUUUUGGAGAAUAAUAUCUAGGAGUGCAUGGUGAUAAUUAUUACUUAUUUUUCAUUCAUGCUAUCAGGAAUGUGGUCUAGUUUAUAUGAAUAUUUACUGUAUGGAUUGCAAAAAUGCUCCCAAUAUGUUUUAUCUGUACUUCGUCCUGAAAGUUUAGACGUGGAAAAAUCUUUGUAGCAUUUGUUAUUUU